GGAUUUUAAAUGGAGGACGUAAAGCAGCAACCUCCCCACACACAGUGGGCUGUUCAUUGCAGUGAUUGUGAGUCUGCUCUUCCUUGUGUUAUUGAGGUUCACAGCUGGGGUUCUCUUCUGGAUUUUCAUCUUUGGUGUGAUUGGAAUUAUAGGUUAUGGCAUCUGGCAUUGUUACUGGGAGUACGACCAUCAGAAAGGAGUACCUGGAUCUGACCUCACUGUUUAUGAUAGUGGGUUCCAGAGGGACUUCAGAGUGUGCCUGCAGCUGAGGCAAACAUGGGGUGCUGCUGUGGCUGGCUAAUGGGUGUUACUGGGCACCCUCCUCUCAACCCAUACCCCUUCAGGCUCAUCACCUUCCUCCAAGAGGCCAAUCUGCCCAUCAUCAUCUUCAGCAGGCUCCUUCAAGCUGCCACCAACUACAGCCAAGGCCACAUGGGGCAGCUCUCGGGGGUCACCACCACCCUCCUGUUCGGGGGGGGGGUGCAGGUCUUCACCUCCCUUCAGGAGACGGAGGACCCACUCCUGGCCUUGACCUUCGCCACGUUGGCCGCCUGCAAUGGGCUCCUAUUGGGGCAGCUGCUGUAUUAUGGGGGGGGGGGAACCCCCAAACCUCCCCGUCACCGCAAAGUGGACUGACCCCGGAUCCCCCCAUACCCUCCCCCCAAUGGAACAAACUGGGGGGGUGGUGUUAAAAAGGGGGUUUUUGUGGGGUCAAACAUCCCCCCAUUAAUAAAAUGGGUUUUCACUGGUGC